AUGGACCCAAGGAAAGGCAUCAUCAGCGUUAGAGUUGGAGGCAGCGUUUUUAAAACAGACAAAUCUCUGCUCUUAACUUACUCAGAGUACUUCCGAGCACUCUUCCAGUCAGGAAUGAUGGAAUGCCAACAGGAAGAGAUUUGCUUAAAGAGUUUAUGUGCUCGGGGGUUCUCGAUAAUGCUGGCGGUUUUGGGAGGCAAACAACCAAUACUGGAUGGUGAUGAGAUUGUGGAAGCCAUCGAAUGUGCUGCCUUUUUACAGACAGAAAUUCUUACUAAGCACCUUUUGGAUCUGGUUAAUUCUGACAAUUGCCUGCUUAUGUAUCACACUGCUGCCACAUUCGGGCUGCUGGAACUGUAUGAUGAAGCAGCUCUAUUCAUUCGUAGUAUGUACCAAGAUCUGCAGGAGGAGAUGAGGAUUCUGCCUGGAGACCUCGUAAAGCAUGUGGAGUCUCUGGCUCCCAGUGUGUUUGUAGCUGUUGGAGCCCAUUCCACAUGCACUCUUGAUAACCUGCCUCAUAGCUCCAUGAGGACAGUAUGCUACUUGGAUGAAGAAAAAAAUGAAUGGAGGACUCUCACAGAAUUACCUGUGGAAGCCAGCACGUCAAUGGCUGGGGUGGCUGUCUUGGACAACAGGCUUUAUGUGGUUGGGGGUGUGAAUGGGAUUCACAAGCAAGCAGUGGACUCCUGUUUCUGUUAUGAUGUUAUGACAGACUCCUGGAGAAUGCUGCCAAGCCCCCAACAGCCACGUUAUAACUUUACCCUCAUCGGACUUGGAGGGCGGCUUUAUGCCAUUGGAGGAGAAUAUGAAAAGACAGUAAUGUCAUCGGUGGAGAUGUAUGAUAUCUCUGCAGAGACGUGGUCCUUCAAGUCUCAUCUUCCUCGGCCGGUGGCUGGAGCGGCAUGUGCCAAAGCCAUGAGCAGGAUUUUUGUGUGUCUUUGGAAGCCAAUGAACACCACUGACAUCUAUGAAUAUGUCCCCAUCACAGACGAGUGGCAACAGGUCACGACACUCAUCAAACACCAGAGCUACGGUCACUGCAUGGUGGCCCACAGGGACAAUCUUUACAUCAUACGUAACGGGCCACAGGAUGACUUCCUUCGGUGUUUGAUUGAUUGUUACAACCUCACAACUGGUCAAUGGACUGCCAUGCCAGGGCAUUACGCUAACAGUAAAGGUGCUCUAUUCACAGCUGUGGUGAGAGGAGACUCAGUAUUCACCCUGAACCGCACCAUGACUAUGAUAUACACUGUCACAGGGAACAUGUGGAAACCUCGGAACCAGAUGAAAGGGUUUCCCCGGAGUGGAUCUGUGUGGACGUUUCUACUGAAGGUCCCUAAGCUGAGAGGAGAACCAAAUUCUAAUAACUUAAAUGGCCACACACAAUGA